GAAUAAAUGACACGCAAUAGCGAGGAACCAAUAAAAAACGACGCGCAAAUACAUGAGUUUUUAUAAAUCAAGUGCAAAACAUUUAAAACUUAUCGCGUAAUUUGAUUCUUGUAAUUCUUGUGGUAGUGAAAUUUGUCCUUAUAUUUGUUAUGACAAAAAAUAUAUUGUUUUGAUACUGCACAGGCAUGACGACGGCGUGACUUCCAUGCCCUGCGUUCCUACGGAAGGGCGUGCAGAUUACGUUUACUAUGAAUGAUUUUAUCUCUUUCUAAACUCAAGUGUCUGUGAAUGACCGAGUGUAAUAGCGAGCGUACCGAAUUAUGGAUUGAAAAGUGUUUGUUGUUGAUGUAUUUUGAUAUUUUCAAAGCGACGCAAGUGUUGUUAUCUCGUCCGAGAAUCAUAGUGGCGCGGCAGAGAGUAAAAGCGUAAGCGGUCAUAUGGCGCCUGUCGGACUACGCCGGACGCGGAUUUGCUACGCCAUUCGAUUUAAUACCGAGCGCUUUACUAUUUACGCGCUAUUGAAAAGAGAUAGUACGUAUUUUUAGUCGCGUCGACGGUGAAGAGAAGACUAGAAUUCGUUUGACUUUCGUCACGUAAACAACUUCAAGGUUAAGCGGUUGUCGUGUGUCUGAGUCUUAAGGCUGGGAUGCGGACACAUUGACAUGGCUGCGAUAUCAGGCGGAGGCGCCGUGGUGCGCCAGGGCCACCUUCGGAAAUUGAAGACAAUGAAAAAGAAAUAUUUUGUGCUACGUGCUGAAACUGCAGACUGUUCCGCUCGCUUAGAGUAUUAUGAGUCGGAGAAGAAGUUCCGAUCAGGAGCUGCACCACGUCGGGUUCUUCCUUUGAAGAGCUGCUAUAACAUAAUGAGAAGAUUGGAUCUAAAACAGAAACAUGUAAUUGCUCUGUUUACGAAAGAGGAGCAACUGUGUAUUGUUGCAGAGAAUGAGCAGGACCUGCAUACUUGGCUGACUGCUAUCCUUAAACUGCAUCGCUCAGAUGAUGCCAGUGAUGAAUUGCUGCAUCCCAUACAACACGUAUGGCAAGUGAACGUACAGAAGAAAGGCCUGGGCGCGUCAAAGAACAUCCAGGGGCUGUACAACCUUUGUCUAACGGACAAGACCCUUACCCUGGUGAAGAUUAAAAGCCACAACAAUAUAAUCAGCGAUCUCGGCAUACCGGAGCGGGUGGAGUACUCCUUAAAAAAUAUCAGAAGAUGCGGCGAUUCAGAGUGCUUCUUCUAUAUGGAGGUGGGGCGUCAGACGGCGACGGGUGCGGGCGAGCUGUGGAUGCACUCCGAUGACUCGAACAUCGCGCAGAGCAUGCACUCCACGAUAUACCAUGCAAUGAGAAAUUGUGCAAAAGAGACUGAAAACGAAAAGGAUCACAUAAUUUUGGGCAAAAGUUCACUACUGGAUGGUACAAACCCGCUACCUGCUAGGCGGCAAACCUACUCCGAUGGACGUGGCCGAGCCGGUUUAUACAACGGUAAGUCAGUUUUCGACUCUAAUACUUUGGUAUUAGGUGUUAAAUUGGUUUAGAUUUAAGAUAUUAAUCAGUUCUAGCUGUAGGAUAAAUACAAGGGCGCAUAAUAGGUGUCGCUCAUACUCUACAAGUCACGUAUAAUAAAUAAUUUAGUCGUUAUUAUAUAAUGUUAUGAUGACAUUACUUCAAUAAGAUGAUACACUGUUGCAUAUUAUGCCGAUUGUAAUUAUUACUAUUAUAUUUAAUGUAAAGAUUUCUUAUAUUUACACAAAUACUUUCACACUAGUAAUUAAAAGCUAUAGAGGUAGCUUUCCUAAGUAGGUUGCUCUGCUAGCCUAGGGUAACUAUGACAUCAGUACACUCAUCCCUGAGACAUCGUUGCUAGAAAGAACUCCGAAAAUGUGAGCUAAAGUUAAAAUUGAGUGUGAUAGAAUCUGUUAGGUUAGUUUCAUUAAAAUGCACAAUAUAAUUUACUUUUGUACUGAUUGUUUGUAAUGGCCAAAUAUUCAAACGCUACUCAAUUUUAGGAUGUCGGUAAGUCUCGUGAUGUCACAGUCACUUUGACUUAAAGUGAUAGUGAAGUCGCGAGCAGCAAAAACAUAUGAGUGACAUCUUUUAUUAAAUUAUUAAUUUCUAUAUCCUAUACACUACUGAUCAUUUUGCGAUUUUUUUACGUUAUACAUAAUAUAGUAAAUGGACCAUCUUCACACAUAUUUUCCUUGUAUUAAAGAAAUAUCUAUUUAGGAUAGUUUCUUGAAACAUGUUUAUCCACAUCAAUUACAUAUCACGUUAUUUUUAAGGCUUCACUUAGUUGUAAUACCUUUUUUACAUUAUAUAUCAGCAGCCACAUGCACCACUGUAACACGUCUGCUCCCACUGCCACAAAGUAUAUAGUUUAUUAACCUUGUAUUAUUGUGAUAUAGUUCGCAAAUAAAGCCGUACUUGACGUUUUUAAAUGUGAUUUUUGCUAAUAAUAUGACAGCAUUUUGUGCUAAUAUGCUUUAGCUCAGAAUCGUGCGACCUAUAUCGAAUGUAACUUAACCGGUCCGACCGCACUAAAGUUACAUGUAAAGACUGUUUGGAAUAGCUUUAACAGAACAAAAAUGUAGUAAAAACUAUAAUACAGUCUACUUACUUGCUACUUACAUUCUAUAAUACAGUAGCUAUAUUACUGCAAUAUAGCAUGUAAGUUGGUCUAUAUAUAAUAUGGUAUCUUUGGGUCGGAACGGUGUUUUUUUUUUAUACUUACUAACCAUAUUUGUUGGGGUUGUAACGAAUGGUAAAGUCGCUUUAAAUGAGUAUAUUACUAAAAAUUAUGAUUUAUUAUCUUUUGAGUAUUUGUGAAAUUUACGUAUUCGUUGCAAUUGUAACUGUAGUAGAUUAGAAUUUGUCUUUGUAGUUUAGAAUUAGUGCAAUAAUCGGUUGCGGUAUUUUUCAUUUUAUCUUUCCUAUUGGAGUAUCAUAAAAAAGGGAAUUUCAAACGAAUCAAGAGUCAAUCAAAAUGGAUUUUGAUUGUAUGUAAGCAAACAGUACAUUUUUUUCUUUUGCAUAUAAGGACCAAUCAAAAUUCCACUCUAAAUAUAUGCUUGUAAGAGCUACAUUGGCUCAAAUCUAUUGCAGACAAAGGCCUGUGUGUUGGCUCGUGUAUAAGACAAUGCGUCUGUCCAACAGCCACGUACUCCAUUGACGACUCGGCGGCGGCCAUCGCGCCCUUGACGCCUAGAAAUGGUACGAAAUCACUUAAAUGGAAUCGCUAAAGCGAUUAACUGUGACAGGGUGACUGUUGUCACCACUCGGGCGAUUUAACAUCACCUUGUAGCUUCACCACCUUAUACUUUCACACUUUUCGUAGGAUUUACCUAAUUAGGUGUCUGUAAUGAAGAUAUUUUAACAAUGGUUGUGAUUCUAACUUUGUAUUAACUUAACUUUAUGCUGUUUAAAACGAUAGACAAAUAACAAAUCAUGGAAUAGGUCAAGCAUGAGUUUGCAUUACGAUAUGAAAAUUUCGCAUAUUAUGCAUACGACUGAAAUCUAGUUUAAGUAUGUUUAUAGUAGAACGUGAUAUUUUACUAACUUAUGAUGAAUCUCUUGUUUAUUAUAUUUACAUAGUACUCUAUCUUUUCCUCCAUUCCUUUACCACGUUUUUAUUAACUCGCUUUCAUGUAUAGUCUGUUCGCUAAGAUAGUGUCGGUACACCCGGAGGCGCACUUAUUAUUUUGCUAUCAUUUUUUAUUGUGUUUGUUAAAUAAUUUUCUAUUCUAGUAAUAAAAUAGAUUACUAUUUUAGUCUUCC